GGUGGUUGGUUCACCAGAUCUCCUUCCUGCUCUCUGGCGGAGACGACAAGGCACGGAGACAACACUACUUGAAAAAAACCUAUUUUUGAGACCAACCCUUCUCUCAAGAUUGGAUUUUUUGUCACAACUUGUCGAUUUUCAUUUCUUCUUAUCCGGGUGAAUCGCAAAAGCCAUGGAUCCCGAGUUCUUCCGAACCCUAGAUCGACAGGUUCUCGUCGGUGUCGUUGUCGCUAUCGUCGCCGCCGGCACUGGCGUCGCCUACUAUCUCUCAUCCACCAAUAAGCGCCGAGGAUGUCUGGAUCCGGAGAAUUUCAAGGAGUUCAAACUCGUUAAGCGCGUGCAACUCAGCCACAAUGUGGCCAAGUUCACAUUUGAGCUUCCGACUCCGACUUCUGUGUUGGGCCUUCCUAUUGGACAGCACCUCAGUUGCAGGGGGAAGGAUGCACAAGGAGAAGAUGUUAUCAAGGCAUACACUCCAACAACACUAGAUACUGAUGUUGGGAGAUUCGAACUUGUCAUCAAGAUGUAUCCACAAGGAAGGAUGUCUCAUCAUUUCCGGGAGAUGCGUGUUGGAGACUGUCUUUCCGUGAAGGGACCCAAGGGCAGGUUUAAAUAUCAACCUGGUCAGGUUAGGGCAUUUGGAAUGCUUGCUGGGGGAUCUGGCAUCACUCCGAUGUUCCAAGUCGCAAGAGCAAUUUUGGAGAAUCCAAGUGACAAGACUAAGGUGCACCUUAUUUAUGCCAAUGUAACUUACGAAGACAUUCUCUUAAAGGACGAAUUGGAUGGUCUUGCCUCCAAUUACCCGGAUCAGUUCAAAGUCUACUAUGUUCUGAACCAGCCUCCGGAAAUAUGGGAUGGAGGUGUGGGGUUUGUAUCGAAGGAAAUGAUUGAGGCUCAUUGCCCGCAACCUGCAGCUGAUAUUCAGAUCCUGAGGUGUGGGCCCCCGCCGAUGAACAAGGCCAUGGCUGCUCAUCUGGAGGCUCUCGGCUACUCUCCUGAGAUGCAGUUCCAGUUCUGAUUCAUCCCUCUGAUUGGUUCCCAAGAAAAUACUGUCUGGUAAUAAUUUGGUGAUUGGUAAAAGGUCAGGUGAUGCAAUUCUUCGGUUUCUUGGCUGAGAUUUCAUCUCUCUGUUGAGGCUCCAUAGACCCUUUUCUCUACUUUAUCUAUUGAAACUAUGAUUUAUGGAUCAUAAUUGUUGAAAAAAAACCGUGAAAUGUACCAUUUUUUUCUUU